AUGGGCAAAAAGUGCAAGUCAGUGGGGCCAAAGCCUCUUGACUCUUCGCAGGGCCAGGCCCAGGAGAGUAACACGAGUUAUCUGUUCUUUCACAUGCCCAAUGCCAAGCACGGGGAGUUUUGUCAAUGGUUUCCCUCCAUCUUCACCGUUAGCAAAGCCAAGAUAUCUGAGCUUGUUGGUCGUGACAUAGACGAGGCAGAUCCAGAUGGAUCGAUCACGUUCAACUGCGCAGAGCAGUUCAUGAUGUUUUGCAAGGCGGCGCGCUUCACCGACAGAACCCACCAGGCCGAGAUCCUGGCAAGUUCAAGCCCAAAAGAGCAAAAGUCGCUCGGCCGCAAGACUGUUGGCUUUACCCACGACGAGCGGGACCCCAUCAAGAGUGAAGUGGUCGAAGCGGGUAACAUGGCAAAGUUUACCCAGAACGAACAUCUCGGUCGCAAGCUGCUGGCCACAGGAGACCGAAUCCUCGUCGAAGCGGCAUCAAGGGACCGGGUCUGGGGUAUCGGGUACAAUGAAAACCGAGCCAUGAACUUUCGGCAGCAUUGGGGAGAGAAUCUUCUUGGAAAGGCCUUGAUGGAAACGAGAGCCCAGUUGAGGAGGGACGAGUUGCGGAAACAGAGGGGGGACUGGUGGGUGGAGGAGGAGAACUGA